AUGGAGGCGGACGAUGACCCAGGGACACCCAGGUCACGGGGCCAGGAUUCAUAUCACAACAGCGAGAGGUUAUAUUACGACAGCCCCGGAGCACCCAGGUCACAGGGCCAGGGUUCGUAUAACGGCAGCCCAGGAGCGCCCAGGUCACAGGGCCAGGGUUCGUAUCACGACAGCCCAAGAGCGCCCAGGUCACAGUGCCCACGUUCAUAUUACAACAGCCCAGGAGCGCCCAGGUCACAGGGCCAGGGUUCAUGUUAUAAUAUCCCAGGAGCGCCCAGGUCACAGGGCCAGGAAUCGUAUUACAACAGCCCAAGAUCGCCCAGGUCACAGGGCCGGGUAAUGUAUUAUGACAUCCCGCCAUCACCUAGAUCGCGAAGCCAGCCACUGUAUCAUAACGACCCAGGAGCAGACAGGUCAGGUUACGAGAAUGACGACUAUAGCUACAAAAGAGGUAGAGGCAGCCGCAGACAUCAUCGUAGUCCGCCAGGAAGAGGCAGCCGCAGACGUCGUCGCAGUCCGUCAGAAAGAGGCAGCCGCAGACACCUACGCAGCCCUGCAGAAAGAGGCAGCCGCAGACACCCACGCAGCCCUGCAGAAAGAGUCAGCCGCAAACGUCGACGCACCUCGUCUGAAGAAUCUGGUGAGCACUAUGAUAACUAUAUAAAACGACCGAAGUUAUCAAAAUCAAACAGGAAAAAUCGCGACUCUGCUGUCCUAGAUAAGUUUCUUGAUGUGUUAAAGGAAUUUAAACGGUCCGAUAAACCGAAACUUUCCUUUAAUACCAAUGUUGUACCCGAAUUUGACCCGAUGUCUAAGGAACAGACGGUAUUAAAUUGGCUUACAAAGGUCGAAGAAUGUGCCAGUAUAUACCAAUGGGACGACAGGGAAUUGAUCCACUAUGCUCUCCCCAAACUCACAGGCGUUGCAAAAACCUGGUACCAAGGUCUAUCUAGCGUCUUAUUCACAUGGCCCGAGUGGAAGAAAAAACUCCUUGAUUCAUUUCCCUGUCGCGAGGAUUAUGCCGAGAUUCUUACAGAAAUGCUCUCAAAAAGGGCUCCUUAUGGAGAAUCACUGGAACAAUACUAUUAUGCGAAGUUAAAUCUCCUAAACAGGUGCAAAAUAUAUGGAAGACAAGCUGUUGAUUGUAUUCUUUACGGCGUAGAUGACCGCGCGGUAAAGGUAGGUGCCCAAGCAGCCCAGUUCUCGGAACCCGAACAAGUCCUGAAGUAUUUUAGAACAGUGAAGGUAGGACAAAUAAGAGGCAAAGACAUUCAAGAUUCUUCUCAAAAAUUCCGCCAAAAUGACUACAGGAAUAAGUCUGCCCGGCCUCAGACAACGAAGGACACAUCGAAAGAGAACCCUACCCACGGCGAGGUAUGUUUUAAUUGCAGUGAAACUGGACACCGCGCUAGUAAAUGUAAGAAACCUGCUGCCACAUGCACAUAUUGCGACAAAAGGAAUCACCUGGCGGAGCAUUAUUUUAAGCGACUGCGCGAGUCUAACGAUGUGAAAGUGGAGGAAGCACGAGGGAAAGAGCGUAAGGAGAAGCAAGUUGCCGCAGUACAGAUAGGUGAUACAAAUAAUAAAUAUAAAAUGGACAUCAAAGUCAACAGUUCGAUAAUUGAAUGUUUUGUAGAUCUUGGCAGCGAAUGCUCGCUAAUAACAAUUAAUGCAGCCAAACAGUUGAAUCUGGACAUUGACACAUCUGAGGAACUCCCAGUACUGAACACCGUAGGAGCUAAUUUGGUAUCACCUGUGGGUAUAGUAACAAGCAGCGUCGAAGUUCAAGGCAUAAAGGAAGUUAUUGACCUAUAUGUGGUCGAAAACCAUGUGAUUAAACGACCAGUUUUAUUGGGCCAUUCCUUCACAGAAAAACCGGACAUCACAAUAAUUAAAACUUCAAAGGAACUUAUUUUCGUCAAGACCGCAAAUGGCAAAUUACACCUGAAGGUGAGUAAUCAAGUCUCCCUGCCACGCAAUAUGUUGACACCAGUCACUGUGGAAUCUACGUCUCUCGUUACUGGAACCGUUAACAUUAACGGUUCACUAAGAGGAGCAGAAGAAAAAAAAUAUUACUUACUUCCGGGACAAUAUGACAUCAAUUCUGGUACCAGCACACUGCUCCUCCUGAAUGCAUCGUCUGACGAAAUUACUCUGAAUAGUGGUUUUCUUUUAACGCGUGCUGAGUUCAAGCCAGCCGUCGACGGUGGCGACACCACAUACGACUGUUGUGGGGUGACAUUCGACGAAAAGGAAGUUGAUGAGUCAGUUAAUUGUGGUCCAAGUGUGAACAAGGAAGAACGUCUGAAGCUUCAACAACUUUUGUCCAAAUACGGCAAUUGUUUUUCGAAAGGUCUCGAUGACCUAGGCUUCACGAAGGUAUCAGAAAUGGUUAUUGAACUUGAAGAGUCAACUCCGGUGGUUUACCGCCCAUACCGUAUGUCACACGCCGAAAGAACACUGGUAAGAAAUAUGGUUCAAGAAAUGCUCGAUAGUGAGAUCAUAAGAGAGUCUUCGUCACCAUAUGCGAGCCCUAUAGUUUUGGUCCAAAAAAAGACAGGCGAGAAACGCUUGUGCGUGGACUAUAGGGCCCUCAACCGCAAAACCAAGAAGGAUCAUUACCCACUCCCCAGAGUUGAAGAUCAACUGGACCAGCUCUCUGGAAACACGUUAUUCACUUCGUUGGAUUUGGCAUCGGGAUACUAUCAGAUCCCCAUUUCGGAGGAGUCACGACACAAAACAGCUUUUGUCACACCUGACGGACAAUAUGAAUAUAACCGGAUGCCAUUCGGACUGGUCAACGCGCCAUCAGUGUUCCAGAGGACAAUAAACAAAAUUUUGUCGGAAGCCAAAGUUAAGUAUGCCAUUGUCUAUAUGGACGACAUUUUAAUCCCGUCAAAAGAUGUUGAUGAGGGAUUACAAAGACUGGAAGAAGUGCUCAACUUACUUAAGGAAGGGGGCCUAACGCUAAAAUUAAAUUGCAAUGCCCUCAGGUAUACACUCACCAAACGCGACGUUAUUCCACGGGUGGCUAGAUGGUGGGUACAGAUACAAGAAUAUGACUGUUCCAUCGAAUAUCGACCCGGUGCACGCAUGCUACACGCAGAUGCACUUAGCCGCCACCCUAUCGACGACGGUGUACAAGAAUCUCACGUUCUCGACGUACUACUGACUACGGAAGUGAGUGACCAGGACUGGAUCUCGACUGUCCAGAGCGCAGAUACGGAAAUUAAAAAAAUAAAGGAAACACUCAGUGACCCAGAUUCCGAACAGGUAAUUGACUACCUUAAUAACUAUAAACUUAAAAACGACCGUGUUUACCGCAUCGUGGCUGACGAAUUUAAAUGGGUAGUGCCAAAGAGUGUUCGUUGGCAAAUACUUCAAAAGAACCACGAUGAUGUAGGACAUUGCGGAUUUGAUAAAACACUUCAGCGGAUACAGAAACACUAUUGGUUCGCCAAAAUGAGACGGUUUGUUAAAAAGUAUGUUGCAUCUUGUCUGGAGUGUGCACACCACAAGAAGCCGGGAGGUAAACGGGAAGGCGAGCUACACCCUAUAGAAAAGGUCAGUAUUCCUUUCCAUACUAUUCACGCGGACCACCUAGGCCCUUUUGUAAAGAGUAAGAAAGGACACUGUUACCUUCUUGUAAUUAUAGAUGGCUUCACAAAGUACGCAAACAUAACCCCUGUCAAGAUCACAAAAUCAGCUACCUCUAUCAAAGUAAUUAGAGAGCACAUAAGUUAUUUUGGAGUACCAACCCGUCUCAUUACAGAUAAAGGGACUAGCUUCACAAGCAAGACGUUCAAAGAAUUCGUCUCAUCCCAUGGCAUAAAACAUAUUGAGAAUGCCGUGGCUACUCCCCGGGCCAACGGACAAGUAGAGAGAUUUAAUAGAACAAUCCUUAAUGCCUUAUCUACCUCCACACAUGGCAAAGAUGAGAAGAAUUGGGACGAGUACGUCGCUGAGAUUCAGGUAGGUCUGAACACCACAAUGCAUAAAACUACUCAGAAAACUCCAUCUGAAUUUCUGUUUGGAUUUAAUGUUACAAGUAAUUCUCAAGGGAUACUGAACUCUGUCAUAAGCGACACACUAAAUGUUGUAAGUACUGAAGACCUAAAUGAUGUUAGAGAACAGGCUAAACAGAAAAUAAAUGAGCAGCAAAAUAAAGAUGCACUAAGGUUUAAUAAAAGCCGGAAACCUGGUACCACUUACAUGGAAGGCGAUUUAGUGCGUGUAGAGAGACAAGUACCACAUGAUGGGAAGUCACAAAAACUUGUAAGUAAGUACCAAGGACCAUAUCGUAUCCUUAAAAUUCUCCCUAAUGAUAGAUAUCUUAUAGAAGAUACUCCCUUGACAAAGAAGAAAGGUCGUAGGUAUGAAAAUGUGGUAGCACUUGAUAAAAUUCAACCCUGGUUGAAUUUUGUUAGAGAACUCGAUAGUGAUGGUGAUACUGAAUGUCCUAGUAGUGAUCAGGAACAAUGA